CCUGAGCCUGGACAGGCUGGCAGAGGCUUGGAAGUGUUUUGUGCCGCCUGCAUCCGUGCAACAGAGCUAUGGCGUCAUUUCACCAGACUCUUUGCCACUUGAUCAGACGACAUAGUUCUGAAACGCCAUCCCAAAAAUCCCAAAACCUCAUCUCUUCGCCGAGAGGGAUAUCCUAGCCUCAUGAGAGCAGAUACAAUCCCGGCCUUGAAACCACACACUCGGGUCACCAUCACACGCUGACUCGCCAUGAGACACCGGAACCCGUCUUCGAUCUGACAUCCCGAGUAGCAUUUCUACCGCAGUCAGCGCCGGAACAGGUCAACAUCGACUCCGAUGUCAAUGAUCCCCCGACCAUGUUGCCCCGGACUCGACAAUGAACCAAAGGCCUUGGGCACCCCCUGCCAGCUCAAACCCUUCUUAGCUCCCGUCAGAUCAACUCCACCAUGGGACCGUAUUCGUGCAAUCACACCACUAUAUCUUGAUGUUUCCCCUUUUUCUUGUUCUUGUUUCUUUUUCUGGCAAAGACAACCAUCUUUCUUCACCAACCCCUUUUUCCUUUUUCCUUCCUCUCUUCAUUUUUGUCGGUAAAGCUCCGGGCAGAACUUUGGCCGACUCUCUUUUUCUCCUCAUCCCCGUUCGCUCUUCUUCUCCCUCCCGGUCAAGGCUGAGGCCUUGCCCUCGUUUGUGAUACCCCUAUCUUUCCACCGGUUUGACACCGCGCCUCUCGUUCACUGUCCACUCUUCUCCUGCUCAGCACAAAAAAACACCAUCAUGUACCCCCCUUCCACCCAGAACACCCUCCUGCCGCUGGCGGCCUUGCUCCUCCCUUCCCUGGUCUCCGCCCACGGCGUCAUCCUCGCCGCCCAAGGCGAGGCCGACUCCCCCCCUUCCGUCGGCUUCAUGGUCAACGACGCCAUCGCCCGCAACUGCACCUCCAUCAACCCCUGCCAGAUGGACACAACCAUCAUCCGCGACGCCGAAAUUGCCGCCGGCACCGUCAACUCCUGUGGCCGCACCAAGCUCAACGGCAACAUCGACGUCGGCACCGUGACCGAAAACGCACUCGCCGAAGGCGCCGUCACGGCCGUGAGACAAGGAUCCAGCGUCGACGUGACGAUCCACCAGGUCAACGCCGACGGCGCAGGACCUUACACCUGCGACUUGGACGAAGGGUCCAACUCAGGAAUCAUGUCCCACGAGCUGGUCGUGAGCAACAAUAUCCCUGGACAGAAUGGACUUAGUCAGGCUGCUGAGCAGGAGUUCACCAUCACGGUGACCAUGCCGGAUGAUAUGAAGUGCAUCGGUGGUUCGACGGGGAACGUGUGUACGGUUAGGUGCAGGAAUGCUGCUCAGGCGGGGCCUUUUGGAGGAUGCUUCGCGGUCCAACAAGUCGACGUUGAGCCCGCUAUCAACACCGCCAAGGACAUCACCACAGCCGACACGCUCGAAGCAGCCCAGUUUCAGACCUCGGCUAACCAAGCCGCCUUUGCCGCCGCUGUUGAUGCCAACGCCAAGGCUGGCUCUUCGGAGCAGGAACAAAACCUCGCUGCUGUCGAGGCUAUCCUUGGGCUGAGCACCGUUUCUGCCGAGUUCCCUACUUUGACUCCGACGAUCAACACGGAGAGGGUUGUGCCUACGGGUACGGGUGGUGCGCAGCCUACUGCUGCUUUGGGCAGUACUCCGUUCCCUGUUGAGAAUGGUGACGGCAACAACGGAAAUGGCAACGGGAACACCGGCAACGAUAAUCCCGACGCUGGCGUGAAUCCAUUCCCUGUUGAGGAUGGCAAUGGUAAUGACAACGGUAACGGCAACGGCAACGGCAACGGCGGUGGUAGCGGCAGAGGCAGAGGCAGGGGCGGCCGCAACAGGAAUCAAAAGAGAUAUUACACCGUCGAGGAGCUCCUCAAGCGGUUCGUCCUCCCCGAUGAUGGCAACUAAGGGUCUCGCAACUGGGCUGGCUCCAGGGAUUGGGGUAAAGAGCUUCAUCUUGUUUCCCCUAUCAUACCCCCUUACCUAGACUAUAGUAAUGACAUAUGCACCAUGGCUAGAGUACAUAAGCAAGUAGUUAGUUAGCAUUCAAUGAAACCACCCCAGCAACGAA